AGACCGCGAGGCGGCGGAGCGGGCGGGGCCCGGCGCUGGUCCCUCGCGCCCCGGCCGCCGCCAUGAGCGGCUCGUCCGGCACCCCGUAUCUGGGCAGCAAGAUCAGCCUCAUCUCCAAGGCGCAGAUCCGCUACGAGGGCAUCCUCUACACUAUCGACACAGACAACUCCACCGUGGCGCUCGCCAAAGUGAGGUCCUUUGGUACUGAAGACCGUCCCACAGAUAGGCCUGCUCCCCCAAGAGAGGAAAUUUAUGAGUACAUCAUUUUCCGGGGAAGUGAUAUCAAAGAUAUUACUGUGUGUGAACCUCCAAAAGCUCAGCAUACACUCCCUCAGGAUCCUGCUAUUGUUCAGUCCUCCCUGGGCUCUGCCUCCGCCUCGCCCUUCCAGCCGCAUGUGCCUUACAGCCCCUUCAGAGGGAUGCCGCCGUAUGGCCAGCUGGCAGCCAGCUCCCUGCUCAGCCAGCAGUAUGCCGCUUCCUUAGGUCUAGAGAAGUUGGUAAGCCCUCCAGCGUCAGCCGCUGCUUCCAGCCCUAGUUCCUCUCCAUCUCCACAGCCUGUUUCAGAGCUUGACAUGUCCUCAGAGCCACCUCAGCUCACUUCCAAGGGAGCUGGCUUUCCGUCUACCCCAGUCGGCAAGAGCCCCAUGGUGGAGCAGGCUGUCCAAACUAGUUCUGUUGAUAACUUGAAUGCUAAGAAACUGUUACCCAGCAAGGUCACCUCGGCGGCACAGAUCAAUGGGCGCCCGGCUCAGCCAAGCAGCAAGACUGCCAGCGAUGUAGUCCAGCCGGCACCUGUGCACACUCAAGGGCAGGUGAACGAUGAGAACAGAAGACCUCCACGGAGGCGCUCAGGCAAUCGGAGAACAAGAAAUCGUUCCAGAGGGCAAAAUCGUCCAACUAAUGUUAAGGAAAACACAAUCAAGUUUGAAGGUGACUUUGAUUUUGAGAGUGCAAAUGCCCAGUUCAACCGAGAAGAGCUUGAUAAAGAAUUUAAGAAGAAACUGAAUUUUAAAGACGACAAAGCUGAAAAGGGGGAGGAGAAGGACCCAGCUGUGAUGGCCCCGAGUGAAGAGACUCCCGCAGAGGAAGAUCUUCUGGGGCCUAACUGUUACUACGACAAGUCUAAGUCCUUCUUCGACAAUAUCUCCUCUGAACUCAAAACAAGUUCUAGGCGGACAACAUGGGCUGAAGAGAGGAAGCUGAAUACUGAGACCUUUGGAGUGUCGGGGAGGUUCCUUCGUGGCCGCAGUUCACGUGGUGGAUUCCGAGGAGGCAGAGGAAAUGGGACAACAAGGCGCAACCCCACUUCCCACCGAGCUGGGACUGGCCGGGUGUAAAGGUGCAGUACAAGGUCCUGAAGAGGCAUGGAGGUGCUGCUCUGAAGAUAUGGACAGAAGGAAAUGCUGUGCUCACCAGAAGUGGAUCUUGUUUACCACGUCUGGAAAUCCUCAUACUGUUUCUUUUGGACUUAA